GGCUGCCACAUUAUCAUUUCCCUUCCCUCUCCUUUAGUUAUCUGCUCCCCAACACUCAUCCUUCUAUGUAAAGCCGAGGAGGCCGGGAAGCCAAGUUCAGACUCCGGUGAGUCCUCAGGCCACCACACCACCACGUUUCAAUCUCUCUCCCCUUCUUAUAUUUUCUCCAUUCCACUGUCGAUGCACGCCUGCACAGAAACAUUGACCAUUGCACACAACAGUAGCACACCUAACCUUGCUAACUCCGGCGAGUUUACGGUUUUCCGACCAAGGAGUUCAUACAGAAAAACAUCUCGGGGAAAAGAUCCCCAGAUUUUAAGCAAGGAACCGUGGCCAUCCGACCACUUUCAAGACGUUUUUCCGGCGAGCUCCGACUGUGUCUCGGCCCCGCUCCGAUUUCCGGCAAGAACUCAUGACCAUUUGGCCAGUUUCAGACCACUUUUCCGGCGAACUCCGAUUAUAACACGGCCUCAAAUGGGUUUUAGCAGCUGAACUUUCGUAUUGACGAGAAUUCUUGGCAAAUAUCAAUAUAGGUGGCUACCUUCCAUGGUAUAAUUCUCAUCAUACUUUACUUAUGCUCUAACAUCACAUGUGAAAAGGUUCAUUCCCGCUCACUCUUGUAUUUAGGUACUUUUAAGUUUAAAUUUAUUCACGUUUUCCACAUCACUACACUUUAUGGUUUCAUCACCCUCCUGUUGUUAGUCAUCACAGCUCGAUUUGGAGUCCUGGUGGACAUUUCGGGUCGGGGUGUGUCACUAAAUUUUAUUACGUCCAUUAUUAGAAAUAAUUUGUAAAUAUUUAAUUUCAUUUGCAAGAAUCAAGAUUGUGAGGUUGGAAGCCUAGCUAGUAGACUUGUAUAAACUAUACUAGAAUCGAAAUAAUUGUAACUAUUUAUUUUUAUAAUAAUCUAUAUUAGCUA